ACUAUAUACGUAUGUUUAUGACGUUAACAGAGGAGGUCGAGGUUUUCCGCUGCGGCUCCUCACAACUCACUGCUGGGAUUAUUUCAGAAAACCUGACAUUUCUUUAAAAGCUGUCCCCUCUCAUCAGAAUGAGGUGUGUGGCCCUCAGCGUUCUCUGCCUGCUGUGGUCUAACUCCAUGCAGAUGGACAGACAUGACCCCAGAAGUGCCCCAGGGGCAAAUGACACAGCACUCCAUAGCGGUGCAGUGGAGAAUCCCUGCAAAGCCAUCCCGCUGGAUUUCGUCUUUGUCAUUGACAGCUCUAGAAGCAUCCGCUCCAACGAUUACGAGAAGGUCAAGACCUUCAUCAUUAACCUGCUGCAGUUCCUUGACAUUGGCCAUGAUGCCACCCGCGUCGGCCUGCUGCAGUACGGCAGCGUGGUUCAGCCAGAGUUCUCCCUCAACACGUACGGCAGCAGAGCGGAGGUGGAGCAGGCUGUGAAGAACAUGGAGCACCUCGCCACAGGAACCAUGACCGGUUUGGCCAUCCAGUACACCAUGGAGACGGCCUUCACUGAGGACCAUGGAGCCCGGCCUCUGAACAUGCACAUUCCACGAAUCGCUAUGAUUGUGACGGAUGGGAGACCUCAGGACACGGUGAAGGAGGUUGCAGCUGAAGCGAGAAAGGCUGGCAUCCAAAUCUUUGCUAUUGGAGUUGGCCGGGUGGACAUGAAGAUCCUGAAGACCAUAGGGAGUGAGCCUCACUCAGAGCAUGUCCACCUGGUGGCCAACUUUAGCCAGAUAGAAAGUCUGAUCUCGGUCUUCCAGUCCAAACUAUGUGGAGGGUCAGAGCUGUGCGAGGUGGUGGACCAUCAGUGUCAGCACAUCUGCAUCAACGUCCCUGGUUCAUACAGGUGCAAGUGCAGAAAGGGCUUCAGCAUCAACCCGGAUGGCAAAACAUGCCAAGCUGAAGACAUGUGCGCUGAGGUGGAUCACGGCUGUGAGCAAAUCUGUGCAAACCUGCCUGACGGCCACGAAUGCCGCUGUCGUCCAGGAUAUGAGCUCACUGUGGAUGGAAAGACUUGCAACAGGAUCGACUACUGUGACCUGGGGAUCCAUGGCUGUGAGCACAGCUGCAUCAGCCUUCCAGAGUCCUUUGUCUGUAGAUGCAUGAAGGGCUACAGCCUCAACCUGGACGGCAAGACCUGCAGCAAGAUUGAUCACUGUGCAGAUGGCAGUCACGGAUGUGAGCAGGACUUCAUGAGCACUGACGACAGCUGUGUGUGUAAAUGCAGGAAAGGAUACACACUCAGACCUGAUGGAAAGACCUGUAGAAAGAUUGAUCACUGUGCAGAUGGCAGUCACGGAUGUGAGCAGGAGUUCAUGAGCACUGACGACAGCUGUGUGUGUAAAUGCAGGAAAGGAUACACACUCAGACCUGAUGGAAAGACCUGUAGAAAGACAGACCAUUGUGCUGACGGGAAACAUGGCUGUGAGCAGGAGUCGGUCAACACAGAGAACUCCUGUGUGUGCAAAUGCAGAGGAGGAUAUUCGCUGCAACCCGAUGGAAAGAGGUGCCAGAGUGUGGACGUGUGUCAAACACUGGAGCACGGCUGUGAGCAUCAGUGUGUGGCCAACGGCAGCUCCUACAUGUGCAAAUGUUUUGAGGGAUUCAUCCUGGCUGAAGAUAAAAGGAGCUGUAAAAAACCAGAGUGUCACGAUGGAGUCAUGGAUUUGGUCUUUGUGAUCGACGGCUCCAAGAGUCUGGGUCCUGCCAAUUUCGAGUUGGUGAAGCAGUUUGUGAACAGCAUUGUGGACUCUCUGGACAUCUCCAGGACCGGGACUCAUGUAGGCCUCAUCCAGUACUCCACCAAGGUGCGCACAGAGUUCACCCUGGGUCAGUACGUUACGGGGGACAGCAUUAAGCAGGCUGUGGGUCGAAUGCAGUACAUGGGGAGGGGCUCCCGAACCGGCUCAGCCUUACGUCACAUGUUCGAGUCCAGCUUUUCAUCCAGGGAAGGAGGCAGGCCAAACACGCAGCAAGUCACCAUCGUGUUCACUGAUGGAAGGUCACAGGAUGAUGUUUCUGAAUGGGCCAGUAAAGCUAAAAGCUCAGGGAUCACAAUAUAUGCUCUGGGUAUCGGCAAAGCCAUUGAACAGGAGCUAAGAGAGAUCGCAUCAGAGCCUAAUGAGAUGUACCUCUACUAUGCUGAGAGCUUUGAGAAGAUGGGAGAAAUUACCCAAAAGCUCAAGUCCAGGAUGUGUAAAGAUAAACCAGCGGAUGAAAGCAUGUGCCAGUGUGAGAACAUGAUCAUGUUCCAGAACCAUGUCACAGAGAAGCUGAACAACCUGGUUCAGAAAAUCGAAGACAUGAAUAAGAAGCUGGAGUCUCUGGAGAAUCAGCAUUUGCAGACAUGAAGAGCUGGCAUUCUUCAAACCCCCUUUAAUCUCCAUCAGUACGCUGUGCUGAAACAAACGCUGUUACAGUGACUUGACUUCUCCUCCCACAGAUUUUGCCUUUAUGAACUAGCCAUGUACAUUUAUACAUCAUAAAUAAAAAUGGCAUGAAUUACAUGCAGUUGUGUAGAUUUCCAACCAUUUUCAGCAGAAACAUGGAGACAGACGGAAUACUUUCCAUCUUUAGAUCUGGGAUGAAUGCAUCCUAAAAUAGUUAAAUCCCUCCAGACUAAGGAAGACGAUUUGGGUUUCAUAUCUUCUAGUCCUGGCAUAUGUGUCGUUUUGGCUCAACAAUGAAGCCAAAUAACCCCAGUAAACAGUUGUGACAGACCCCUCCCACAGUAACCGUCAUAUCUGAUGACCAACGCUUCUUAAAGUCAAAUAUAAUAUUUUGUUCUUUUAAAAUGAAACUUUAUUGUUAUUUUAUUAAUUAAUUUUUGUACUUCGAAUUUAUCAAUCUGACAAAUUUCCUGACACAAAAUGGUUUAUUAAGAGACUGAUCCAUGAAAACAGGUAGUUUCAGCAAACCUUGACAAAGGUGAGAGUGACCUUCAUCAAAUUCUCUUGCACAUUUUCUUCUUCUUCUCUAAACUCAGUUGAUUUUUCAUGUUUCAUGUUUAUCCCUUGUGCUAUCUUAGAUGACCCCACCCUUACAUUGAAUAUUUUAGUUGCCUGACUGUAAACAUUGAUGUCUAUAAUGUUUUUAUGAAGGUUUAAUGUUAAACUAACUUGUUUUUCUAAAAAAAAAAAGUUUUUAGAAAAGCAAAAAUUGAUUUUGAGAAAAAAAAUCAAACUUUUCUGCUAUGAUAAACUUUAUAUUCUAUAAGUUGAAUUUGUAUUUUUAAAUAAAUAAAUGAGACAUUUGGCA